CAAUAAAUAAGAGUCGUCCACUGAAUUGACAAAGACAGUGGCAAACAUACGUUUCCCGAAAGGAAAUGGAGCAACCUUGUUCCAUGAAAAAGUACACUUAUGAUGUUUUCCUCAGUUUUAGAGGAGAUACCCGCUUUGGUUUCACUGGUCAUCUUUACAAUGCUUUACGUCAAAGGGGUAUCAGCACUUUCAUGGAUCAUGAGGCGCUUGAGAGAGGAGAACAAAUUUCAGCUACCAUUUUCAAAGCCAUUGAAGAGUCUAGGAUGGCCAUUGUUGUGUUCUCGAAAAGCUAUGCUUCCUCAACAUGGUGCCUUGAAGAACUUCUCCAAAUCCUCGAUUGUAAGAAAACCAAGAAACUCAAAGUUUAUCCAAUAUUUUACAACGUGGAUCCAUCAGAGAUACGACAUCAGACUGGAAGUUAUGGUCAACAAUUAGCUAACCAUGAAAACAAAAUGAGGUACAAAAAGGAAAAGGUGGAAAAUUGGAGACUUGCUCUGCAUGAAGCUUCCAAUCUUGUAGGGUGGAGCUUCAAAGAUGGAUAUGGAUAUGAGUAUGAACUUAUCACACAGAUUGUUGACACGGUGGGCAUACCAAAAAGAAAGCUUUUAACUGUUGAUGAAAAUCUUGUUGGAGUGGAGUUACGAAUACCCCAAAUAGAAUUCCGUUUGCAAAUAUCUGAUCCCGCUAUCAUCAUGAUGGGAAUAUGUGGAGUUAGUGGAAUAGGUAAAACCACUCUGGCUCAAGUUUUGUACAAUUACAUCAGCCAACAAUUUGAAGGUUCAUGCUUUCUCAACGAUGUCAGAGGAAAUUCAGCAAAAUAUGGGUUAGCAUAUCUCCAGGAGGCAAUUAUUUCUGAUAUAGCUGGUGACAGUACCAAGGUGGUUAAUGAGAACCAAGGAAUUCCAAUUCUUAUUAGAAAGUUGCAAGGCAAAAGGGUUCUUCUGAUCCUUGAUAAUGUGGACAAGCUGGAGCAAUUGGAGUAUUUGGCAGGAGAAUGCAACUGGUUUGGUUUGGGAAGUAGAAUUGUCAUAACUAGCUCGUGUAAAGAUGUUCUGGCUUCUCAUGGAGUUAAAAAUGUAUAUGAUGUACCUAAGUUGGAUAAUUAUGAAGCUAUUCAACUUCUAAGUUCCAUGGUAACUGUUGGACCUGUACCUGGUUAUUAUUAUGGAGUUUGGAAACGUGUAGUUGACUGUUCCAAUGGCCUUCCAUUGGCUUUGAAGUAUAUUGGUUCUGAUUUGUUGGAAAAAAUGAAGGCUGUGGAUUGUUAUUUGUCAGAAACAUCAGUUGAUGAAUUGGAGAUUGCGCUAGAAAGAUAUGAAGGAGUUUGUGAUGGAGGAGAAAUUCAGAGUUUACAUAAAGUGAUUUAUUUUAGUUUGAAUGAAUGUGAGAAGAGAAUUUUCCUUGACAUUGCUUGUUUCUUCAUAGGAGAGACAUUAUCAUAUGUUGAGGAAAUACUAUCAGCUUGUGGUUUCGAUCCAAAGUACAGUAUUAGCAGACUUAUUGAUAGAUCUCUGCUAUCUGUCACUCCCAGUGGAAACUUGAUGAUGCAUGACAAUAUCAAAGACAUGGCUAUGAAAAUAGUGGAACAGGAAUCACCCCUGCAUCCAGGAAAACGAAGUAGAUUAUGGUACCCUCAAGAUGUUAUUCAUGUUUUAAAUGAAAAUGAGGGAACGGAUCAAAUUGAAGUUAUGAUGUUGGUUGACUUGCCACAAGGAAAUGAGGUACUGAAGUUGAGUGAUAAAGCCUUCAAAGAUAUGAAAAACCUUAGAAUAUUAAUUAUUAAGGAUGCCAUAUAUUCUGGAGUCCCUCAAUAUCUCUCAAAUAGCUUGAGAGUCUUGAUAUGGAGUGGAUAUCCUUCAGACUGUUUACCACUUGAUUUUCUCAACUUGCCUUCUGAUUGUCUCAUUUUGAACAAUUUCAAGAAUAUGCAGUGUCUGACAAAAUUGGAUUUCACUGAUUGUGAAUUUUUGACAGAAGUACCUGACAUUUCAGGAAUCUCUGACUUGAGGGUAUUGAAUGUAGAUAAUUGCAUAAAUUUGAUCAAGAUUCAUGAUUCUGUUGGAUUUCUUGGUAAUCUUGAAGUGCUAACUGCAUCUGGAUGCAGUUGUCUAGAAAUAAUUCCAUCAACAUUCAAGUUGGCCUCUCUUAGAGAGCUCACUUUCUCUGAGUGCUUGAGACUUGUAAGGUUUCCAAAAAUAUUGUGUGAGAUACAAAAUUUGUGUUAUCUCAACUUGUGGCAAACUGCAAUAGAAGAAUUACCAUUUUCUAUUGGAAAUCUUAGAGGACUUGAAUCUUUAAACCUAAUGGAUUGUGCUAGGCUUGAUAAGCUACCUAGUAGCCUUUUCACACUUCCAAGACUAAUGGAAAUUCAAGCUGACUCAUGUAGAAGGUUUGAUAUUUCUGUUGAGUGUGAAAAUCAUGAACAGCUGAAAUCAACUGCUUCUUCAAAUACUGUUUAUCUGUAUCUGAGCUCUUGCAACUUAACAACUGAACAUCUUGUUACAUGUCUCAGUGGCUUUGCUGGUGUUGUAUAUUUGGACAUAUCUUACAAUAAUUUUACAGUCCUUCCUGCAUGCAUUAAGGAAUGUGUUCAUUUGAAGACUAUUCUACUAAGCAAUUGCAAGCAGCUUCAACACAUUUCAGUGAUACCCCCUAAAUUAAAAGAUGUAAAUGCAUUGAACUGCACAUCAUUGACAUCCCAGUCAUCAAAUGUUCUAUUGAACCAGACAUUCCAUGCAACUAGGCAAAGUACUGUAAUUCUUCCAGGUUCAAGGAUUCCAGAAUGGUUUGAUCAUUUUAGCAGUGAAAGAUCCAUAAUCUUUUGGGGUCGUGAGAGGUUCCCGAGAAUUUGUGUGUGUGUUUCUUUUGGAAUGGUGGGAAAUCCACUGCACCAUUUUCGAGUUAGAAUAAUCAUCAACGGCUACAAAAGCAUACUGUCCCAACAUUGCUACGAUUGGUCAAUUGAGACAGAUCAUGUGUGGCUAUUUGAUCUAACUGCAUUUGUUAAUCAUAAUGAUCUAAUUGGAACAUUUGUGAAGAGUGAUUGGAACAGUGUGGAGAUUGAAGUGGAAAGGAAUGCUUGUAUGCUGGAUGAAAAUGCAAGAAUAAUGGCUACUGUGAAAUGGUAUGGAAUUCAUGUAUAUAGGGAAGAAAGUAAAAUGGAGGACAUUUCAUUCACAAAACCUAAAAAUCUGCAAGAAAAUAGUACAAGUAGUAAAAGGGUUGGAAGCCAAGUUUUGGAUUCAUUGAAACGCCAAAAGGGAAAUUUGGAAGUGAUUUCUCUGUGGGAUUGACCAAAUGGAUAUUUGAGCUGAUUAGGUCUUGUUUACAUCGUUACUUAGCCUCCAUCUUCCCUUGUCUUUUGGGAAAAUGGCAUUUUACCAAAUGUUUAACCAUUUCAAGUUUAUAUGUAUAAGUAAGUGAUAAUUUUAAAUUGUGUCUUUUUGUUCUUUA